UGCAAAAAUUAUUACUCUCUCUGUCUCACUUCUCUCCUUCAGUUGACUUUUCUCUCUCUCUCUGCACACUGAAUUUUCUUCCUCUCUCUUCCUAUCAACCAAUAUCUACUCCUUCAUAGACGACCCAAGCCAACGGUAGAGAAAGAGCUCCGAUCUGUGAGAUUCUGUCUCAAAGAGUAAUUUACUCUGAUCUGUAAGUCUUAGUAUCAAUAUCCUUCAUGCACCUGAUUGCAAGCAGACGAUGUAUAAAUGCACCAGUGCUUCUCUGUCUGUCACUAACAAACAGUCAAACACUUCAUCCAGAUCCAGUGCUCUGCUUUCUUCUUCCCUAAUGUUAGUAAUAUAUAUCUCUAACACCCUCCCUCAAACUCAAGGCGGAAGCUCGAUGAAGGCUUGAGGUUGGAUAAGUAUGAGAAGAUCACUUGGAGAUGCCUUGAAGAAUGCCUUUGAAGAAACCAUAAUGAAGAAUGUGCCAAUUGACUAAUUUCGGAGUCUCAAAUGCAGAAACGGAGCCCAAAAUCGGAAUCUACGUGAAAAACUGAGCAAGAUAGGCCCUUUAGGAAAUUUUGACUUUUGGUCAAAAGUCAACGCAAAAAGUCAAAGUCAACUGGUCCAGAGUCAAAGUCAACAGUCAAAGUGCUCACGGGUCAGAUCCGGGUGGUCCGGGUCGGGUCGGUCCGGUCAACGGUCAGCUAGGUGACGUGGUGCUGACGAGACGACACUGCUGACGUGGCUGAUGACGUGUCGCUGACGUGGACUAGGGCUGACGUGGACGUGCUUGCAUGUCUGCUGACGUGGAUUAAUGACGUCAUCAUAUGACGUCAGAUGACAUCAGCAGCAUUGUCGGCGCGUGGCAAGAGCGUGCACUGUUCACCGGCGCGUGAAGGAGCAACUAGAAACCCAGGUGGCGCGUGCAGCGUCGUAUGAGCACUAGAUUCCCAGGCCAAGUAGAUCGGUGGACGACAAGGCCGUCUUGGCGGCGCGUGUGACUGAGAUCUAGCUUGGGGGUCGAGAAUCUGCGGCGGCGCGUGUGAAAGUUCUGGGAGCCAUUGUCCGCGCGUGGUGGCGCGUGCGGCUACCGUUGGAGGUCGGGUUCCUAGGUUUUGGUCACGAUAUGCCGUGGAGCACGUCUGUGGUGUUGGCUUCAUCAGGCGAGGCUUGGAUUUGCGCAAAUCUGAUAGGGAGUGGCACGGAUUGCUUGGGCUUGAGGAUUUGGACACGGUAGGGAGCCAUGGCAGCUGUGAAAUGCUGUGGAUUCUAGAUCCAGCAGACAAGCUUGUGUGACUUCUGUUGGCGGUGUGCACGUGAGAAUCUUCUUUGUUUGCUAGAGAUAUUUGUUUGAUGUCAAGAAUCUAAGUUUGGCUCUGAUACCAUGUUAAAUAUUAGCAACGCGAUGUGUUAUACCAUGUUGUGUAUGCUAGAGUAGAUGCGGAAGAGGAAGCAUAGAGGAGGAACACUGAGAACACGAGGGUUACGUGGUUCAGCCUUACGGCCUACAUCCACAGAGGAAUCCCUUAAGGGCUACAUUUUUAUUGUAUGAGAGUUUAGUACAAUAACCUCCUGUGUUACAAUGAACCCUAACAUGAGUAUAUAUAGGCGACUAAACCCUAAACUACUAGUACAAGCAGGAAUGGGCUUGGGCCUAUUACAUUGGGCUAAUAUGUCUAAUAUAUAUCUCUAACACCUAAUUUACUUUCCUUUCGUGUGUUAAUUCUUUCAAACUAUAGUUGAAUAAUUUUUUUAGUACAUAUCUUUAGUAUAUUUCCCGAAAGCAAUUCUAUGGGCAUAGAAAACGCCUCCUCCUCCUCCUCCUCAUGUUUUCCUUCUUCUUUUGUGCCUGGAUGGAGGUACGAAUACCACGUCUUUAUCAGUUUUAGAGGCUCUGACACUCGCAAAAAAUUUACAAGCCAUCUAUACGGAGCGUUGAAACGGAAUGGCAUAACCACAUUUAGGGACGAUGAAAGUCUUGAGAGAGGAGAAUUCAUCUCUCCAAAGCUCUUGAGAGCAAUUGAAGAAUCAAGAUUUUCUGUCAUCAUUUUCUCUAAAAACUACGCUUCGUCUAGUUGGUGCUUGACUGAACUAGCAAAGAUUGUCGAGUGCAUGGACAAGAAGAAGUUGACAAUUCUGCCUGUUUUCUACGAUGUGGAUCCUAGUGAUGUGCGCAAACUGAAGGGGACUUUUGCAGAAGCUUUUGCGAAACAUCUCAAUGAUAACAAUGAGAAUGUGCAAACUUGGAAAGCUAUUGUGACAAAAGUUGCUGGUAUCUCAGGAUGGGAUUUACAGGAUGAGAGUGAAUCAACAGUUAUCGAAAAAAUCAUUCAAAGGAUAUCUCUUGAACUGGAUCAUAAAUUCUCGAGUGUUUUCGAGCACCUGGUAGGAAUGGAUUCCCGUGUUAAGGAAAUGUUGAAUUUAUGCAUGCAGGAAGGGUUGGAUUGUGUCCGCUUCAUUGGGAUUUGUGGGAUGGGUGGAAUUGGGAAAACAACUCUUGCCCGAGAAAUUUAUAAGAGAAUUUAUAGCGCCUUUGAAGCUUGUAGCUUUCUUGAUAAUGUUAGAGAAGAUACCAAAAGUAAAGGUUUAGUUUCUUUACAAAAAACACUUCUUUCUAAGAUCUUCAUAGGAACUGAAAUAAAUAUAAAUGAUUUUAAUGAAGGAAUUAAUGUUAUAGGCACUAGACUACGCAAUAAAAAGGUUAUUAUUAUUCUUGAUGAUGUGGACAAAAAACAACAACUAGAAGCAUUAGCAGGGAAUGAAGGUUGGUUUGGUCAAGGGAGUAUAAUCAUUGUAACAAGUAGAGAUAGGCAUUUGUUGAGAAGGCAUGGAGUGAAACAUAUAUAUGAAGCUAAGGAGUUGAAUGAAGAUGAAGCUUUGGAGCUUUUUAGUUGGAAGGCUUUCAAGAAACCUCAUCUUGAAGAAAAUUAUGUGGAUUUGUCUAUGGAUUUUGUGAAAUAUGCUAACGGCCUUCCUUUAGCUCUUGAAAUUUUAGGUUCUUCAUUGUUUGGUAGAAAACUUGAUGCAUGGAGAAGUGCUCGAGAUAAACUAGAAGCAAAACCUAAUAGAGGCAUUAUGGAAAUACUUCAAAUAAGUUUAGUUGGGCUCAAGGAUACACAGAGAGAAUUGUUUUUAGAUAUUGCAUGUUUCUCUAAAGGAGGGUACACAUAUUUCGUAAGAGAUACUUUAGAAAGUUUAGGUCAUUAUCCUGACUACGAUAUUGAUGUUCUUAUCGACAAAUCUCUCAUAGCCAUUGUAUCAAAUAGAAUUUUAUGGAUGCAUGAUUUGCUACAAGAAAUGGGUCAAGACAUUGUUCGUUGUGAAUCCUCAAAAGAGCCUGGUAGACGUAGCAGGUUAUGGUGUUAUAAGGAUGUCUUGCAUGUAUUGAAAAGUAAUACUGGAACAGAGUUUGUUGAAGGUAUAGUCCUAAAGAUGCUUGUGGAUAAAAAUGAACACUUGAGUGCUGAAGCCUUCUCAAAGAUGAACAAUUUGAGAUUGCUUAAAAUUGGUUAUGUGGAACCUCCAGAAGGCUUUAAUAGAGGUCAUGUCCAACUUCCACAAGGCCUAAGUUAUCUUUCUAAUGAGUUACGCAUAAUAGAUUGGUAUGGAUAUCCUUUAAAAUCCAUGCCAACCAAUUUCCAACCAAAUAAACUUGUUGAAUUGAGAAUGCAUUGCAGUGGCAUCAAACAAUUAUGGAAAGGAAUUAUGGUAAGAUUUUCACUUGUGCUAAUUUGUAUUUCCUUCAUUUUCAUUAACAAGUUAAAACUCAUUGACUUGAGUGACUCUCAAAACUUAAUUGAGAUCCCGGACCUUAGUGGAGCCUCAAAUCUUGAAAAAUUAAUUCUUCAACGUUGUACAAGACUAUAUAAGAUUCAUGCAUCUGUUGGAGAUCUCAAAAAGCUUAUACGAUUGGAUCUGAAUGGUUGCAAAAACCUUUCAAGUCUUCCUAUUGCAAUUUGUAGUUUGAUGUCUCUAAAAACUCUCAAUUUAUCUGGCUGCUCAAGACUUGUGAAAUUGCCAGAGAACCUUGGAAAUGUUGAAGGCUUAGAGGAGCUAGAUGUGAGUGGAACUGCUAUAAGAGAGCUAUCUUCAUCCACCAUUCUCUUAAAAAAUCUCAAAAAACUAUCUGUCGGUGGAUGUGAUUUUCUAUUAUCUAAACCAUCCAAUAAGCUCCUCAAUUUUCCUUUAUUGCAAAGGAGUCCAGAUUCUAUGGGCAUGUUAAUGCAUACUUUAUCAAGCUUAUCCUCUUUGAUAGAUCUUAAUCUAAGUUAUUGCAAUCUUCGCACAAUCCCUGAUGCUAUUGGCUACUGUUUGCCCUCUUUAAAUUAUUUAAAUCUAAGGGGAAAUAAUUUCAUUCUCCUUCCUGAAAAUAUCAUUCGAUUAUCAAAUCUAUACACUCUUUUUUUGAGUGAUUGCAAGGAUCUACGAUUACUACCAGAGCUUCCAUUAAAUAUUAAGUAUUUUGAGGCAGAAGGUUGUACUUCGCUAGAAGCAUUACCCUUAAGACCGGAAGAUGUUUUUAGUCCCCAUCUCUAUCUUAUUAACUACGUCAAAUUGAUCGACAAUCAAGGUUUCGGUGACAUGUUCUCAACAAUGCUUGCACAUUACAUUCAGAGACCUGAUGAUUUAGGUUACCAAAAUUUUAUUAUACCUGGAAGUGAAAUUCCGAAAUGGUUUAGCCAUCAAAGUGAGGGGACUUCAUUGAAUCUACAUGGGCCUUCAAGUUUUGUGGGAAUCGCUAUGUGUGUUGUUUUUGUAAUCCGCCCCCAUCUUUCACUUCACCAACCUCCUUCGGAAUUUUAUAAAGCUACGCAUUGGGUUAAAAUUUUAUUUCUUGUCAAUGGAUCUGAAAUUUUAGAAACCUUAAAGGUUGGUCUUUCUGAACAAUUUGGUAAGAUUGAUUCAUAUCACCUUUGGAUAAAAUAUUUUCCUUCCAAAAGGAAAAGGGACAAGGAAUUGAGUCAAAUUGGUGUUGAACUUAAAAUAAGCCUCAAGGGUCCAGGCUUGGUGGUGACAAAAUGCGGAGCCCGUUUUGUAUAUGAGCAAGACAUGGAAGAUCUCAAACAAAACAUGCCUAGGUCAAGCAGCUGCAUUAUCACUCCUUAUGAGGAUAAUUUAGAGGAUUCAGCAAAUGAUACCAAAAUUAAGCAAAGCUUUGAUGACUUUGAUGGAGAUAGGGCAGGACCUAGUGGAGAAGGUACCUCUAAUGAAGUAGACGACCCACGGCCAAAGUGGAUACAACACCCUAAUCUAAUUGAAAAUUGGAUUGGGAAUUUAUGCACACAAGGACAAGUUGACUCUAAUUAUGAGGAAGAGGAAUCCCCGUGA